UGUCUCUGUAUCACAGGUGGAAACAAAACGGCUCUCAGCUGGAGCUGCUCGGGGGAGCCGGGGAUAUUAAGUUCCGCUGAGGGAAUGAGCUAAGGAAGGACUGGAUAUACUUUACAGCCUGCAAAAUGAUCGGAUAACAAUAACUACGCGGAGCUGGUGUGGCUGUAGUGGGCUGAAGGAGAGUCAGUGUAGCCUAGCUAGCUAAUAAACAGUUAGCGCGCUAGCCGCAUUAGACAGGAGAGUCUGGUCUCAGCCAUGUUCGUGCAAGAGGAGAAGAUCUUCGCAGGGAACGUGUUGAAGAUCCACAUCUGCACCAUGGAGGGCACGGAGUGGCUGGAGGAAGUCACGGAGGACACUACUAUCGAGAAGCUGAAGGAGAAAUGCCUGAAGCACUGCACCCCGGGGAGUCUUGAGGAUCCCAAAACCAUCACGCACCACAAACUCAUUCAUGCAGCUACAGAAAGGAUUCUCACUGAAACCAAAACUGUUGCAGAUGAAAACCUUAAAGAUAAAGACUGCUUACUAUUAAUAAAGAAGAGAGCGCCACUACCACAUCCGAAAAUGACUGAGAUAUCUGCAGAAGAGAAAAAGAAGCAGGAGAGCAAGGCUCCUGAUAAAGAUGCUAUCCUCAAAGCCACAGCAAAUUUGUCGACUCGUCACUCUGACCGCACUGUCACGCAGCACAACAUUAGAGACUUCCAGACAGAACUAAGGAAAAUUCUGGUGUCGCUAAUUGAGGUUGCCCAGAAACUCCUUGCCUUGAAUCCAGAUGCUGUUGAGCUUUUCAAAAAGGCCAAUGCGAUGUUGGAUGAGGAUGAUGAGGAGCGUGUGGAUGAGAAUGCCCUGCAGCAGCUGACUGAAAUGGGUUUCCCAGAGAACCGUGCUGUCAAGGCACUGCGUCUUAACCACAUGUCCGUGACGCAGGCAAUGGAAUGGCUGAUCGAGCACGUGGACGACCCCACCGUCGACACGCCUCUGCCAGGCCAGGAAGCUCAAGGAGCGGCUGCAUCUGCAGCAGCUGCACCUGCACCUGUACCUGUAAGUCCAUCUCCCAUGGGUCCGAGCCUUCAGGCAGCAGCCGCUGCCUCCUCUCAGGCCAGCUUGGACGAGGCCAAGCAGGAUGAGCUGACCGAGAUCUUUAAGAGGAUUCGAAGGAAACGAGAGUUCAGACCAGACUCACGGGCAGUGAUUGCACUGAUGGAGAUGGGGUUUGAUGAGAAGGAAGUAAUUGACGCUCUCCGGGUCAAUAACAAUCAACAGGAUGCUGCUUGUGAGUGGUUGCUCGGUGACAGAAAGCCUUCACCCGAGGAUCUCGAUAAGGGCAUCGACACGAACAGCCCUCUGUUUCAAGCCAUACUGGAGAAUCCUGUGGUCCAGCUCGGCCUCACAAACCCAAAAACACUUCUAGCGUUCGAGGACAUGCUAGAGAAUCCACUGAACAGCACACAGUGGAUGAACGACCCUGAGACUGGCCCUGUCAUGCUCCAGAUAUCCAGAAUCUUCCAGACACUCAACCGCACAUGAAACACAUCUUCUCUCCGGAGCUUCUGCACCCGGACAGGCUUAUUCACUAAUAAGGGAAGCGUGUGUGACUAUGAGUGACUGCGUGGGUGAGUGUGCGCGCGCUGUGUGGCUGGCUGUGUAUGAUUUUAUGUUGUAGAAUUACAACGAGCAAUGAAUGUAAUAAUAAUAAUAAUAACAACCGGAUGGGAUUUUUUUCAGUUGUGAAUCUUAUACAAAUAAAUAUAUCUAUUUAUAAUUGACAGAACACUUGUAAAAAAGGAAAACAGUAACUUAACAACUGAUAAAUGCUAGUUUAACUUUUCUUUUUUUCCCCUUAUUUUC